AUGAAGUGUUUUGAGGAUCCCGACUAUGAGGAGCUGUUAAAUGUUGCCAGAAAUGGGUUGGGAAAGGCUUCAAAUCCAAAGACCAUUGUGAUUGUUGGGGCAGGAAUAAGCGGGCUCACUGCUGCCAAAUUACUGAAAGAUGCGGGACAUCAGGUAAUUGUACUAACAAAGGCUGCAAUCCUGUGUACACUUUCCUUGGGGUCAAGUGGAUUUACUUUCCUUGGGGUCAAGUGGGGUCAAGUAGCCAUGCAUAGGGACGCGGGUGGCGCUGUGGGUUAAACCACAGAGCCUAGGACUUGCCGAUCAGAAGGUCGGCGGUUCGAAUCCCCGUGACGGGGUGAGCUCCCGUUGCUUGGUCCCUGCUCCUGCCAACCUAGAAUUCGAGAGCACACCAGUGCAAGUAGAUAAAUAGGUACCGCUCUGGCGGGAAGGUAACCGGCGUUUCCGUGCGCUGCUCUGAUUCGCCAUAAGCGGCUUAGUCAUGCUGGCCACAUGACCCGGAAGCUGUAUGCCGGCUCCCUUGGCCAAUAAAGCGAGAUGAGCGCUGCAACCCCAGAGUCGGUCACGAUUGGACCUAAUGGUCAGGGGUCCCUUUACCUUUACCUUUAGCCAUGCAUAGGUCUGCAAUCUGAGAAACACAGGUCUUUAAUCUUGACAAAAAGGAGGAAGAAGGGGGGUGGGUCUAAAAUGAGUGGUUCUGCAGAACAUGGGCUCUUUCACCUGCCAUUUGAGACCCUUAAUUGUAGGUGCCAAGGUUUGAACUUGAGAGUUCCGGCCUGCGCAUUUUGCCCCAUGUAAUGAAGCUAUUGCACCUCCUAUGUGCAGAGUUAUGUUUUUCGCAUCCAUGCUUGCAGGGGCCAAUGAAACUACUAUGAAACUAAUGAAGCUUAAGCUUUGGGGCUCUUAAUCUCGGAGGGGUCCCAGAUGUGACUUUAGCCCACUAUGCAUAUUUUUGGGGGGUCAUCUAGGUAAAAAGGUAAAGAACCCCUGGACGGUUAGGUCCAGUCAAAGAUGACUAUGGGGUGCAGCGCUCAUCUUGCUUUCAAGCCGAGGGAGCCGGCAUUUGUCCACAGACAGCUGUCCGGGUCACAUGGCCAGCAUGACUAAACCACUUCUGGCGCAACGGGACACCGUGAUGGAAACCAGAGCACACAGAAACACCGUUUACCUUCCCGCCGCAGCAGUACCUGUUUAUCUACUUGCACUGGUGUGCUUUUGAACUGCUAAGUUGGCCUUUCAGAAUAUUUAGAAUUAGCCAAAUAGACAGAUAUAAUAAGACAAAAACCAAAAAGUGAAGUGAAAAAGGAAUGGGAAUGUCUAAAUGAAUACCUUAAAAGCCAAGGUUCGAGGACAGAAAUCUGGCUGAGUCUGGAAUAACCUUGUGAAGUGAAAGGAUAAGAAAGAGGGAUUUAUAUCUGGAUGCUAGGAUAGAGAUGAUAAGGAAACAGGAAAACACAAUGAGAGGUAAAAGAGGUGCUGUGGGAUUGGUGGAAGCCAAUGUUUGUUUUUCUUUUUAGUAUUUAUAUUAUUAACUUGUAAGAUAUGGAUUUGUGGGGUUUUUUUGAAUGUCGGUUUUUGUGUUUUGUGUAUUGUUAUUUUUUGAUAUUUUUCGUGUUGUGUGGAAAAUACUAAUAAAAUUUAUAAUUUUAAAAAAAUGAACUGCUAGGUUGGCAGGAGCUGGGACAAAGCAACGGGAGCUCACUCUCUUGUGCGGAUUCGAACUGCCAACCUUCUGAUCAGAAAGCCCAAGAAGUUCAGUGGUUUAGACCACAGCGCUACCUGCAUCCCUUUUGGGUCUACUAGACCCCAUUUGAGUUGGACAACUCAAAUUCAUUAUUUUUGUUGUAUGUAUUUCAACAAUCCCAAAGUUUGGGAGUCCGUAACACAAAUCUUAUAAAGGUGUGGUGAUCUGUCGUGGAACAACCCCACUCAAGAAAGUGGUUGCCCCAACCUUGUUUCUGGUUGUGAAGGGGUCCCCAUGACAGUCCAAGCCUAAGGAUCCCCCAAAUGUAGGUGUGCUUGUUUGUUUCUGGAGCAGCAAUCGGUAAGGAAGUGAAGCAUAAACAGCGACAAUGCAUUUGUUCCUAGGUUCAGAUUCUGGAAGCCAGUGACCGCAUUGGGGGUCGGAUAAAGACCUAUCGUGAGAAAGACUGGUACAUGGAUAUGGGACCGAUGCGUCUGCCCAAGGCACAGAAGUAAGGCAAAAAGCUUGUUGCCAAUCAUGCACAAAACUCAUUCUGUUUUAGAAACAUCUGCGGAUGAAGUACUUCAUUUUACCUUGUACCCUCCUUCCCAUUUCCUGGAAUUAGCAGUUGGUGUGGUUUUUUUUAGUUUUGAGUCGGCGUCUGCCUAGAGAGCAGACUUGGGAAGGGGAAGUGCGAAGGGUAUCGGGUGGUUGCUCGAGAGCAAUCAGGCAAGAUGCCUCACUGGUCUGUUCUAAAGCUUUAUUAUUGGUGCUAAAAACCUUUACACUGCAGAGUGCCUCUAUUCCAUGUCUUGCUCAUUCACUGGCAGAAUCUGAGAGUGGGCGGUCCUUAAAUCUUCCCCAGCAGUCUCUUGAUCCCCAGUCUACGCCUCCCCUCUCUGCGCGAAAGCCUACUGCGCAAGGAAGGCUUGGGUAACAGGGAACCUCCCUCCUCCCUGCUUUGCUCAGGCAAGGUGUCCUGGCACCGCCUUGCAUCCUCCGAGCCCUGCAUCUCCUCCUCACUAGAGGCGUGGCUUCCUUCCUCCGCUGAGGAAGUGCUGCUUCCCAUGAUCUUUGGGGGCUCUCUGUAAUCCAUCCGCCCUUUCCCCUCUUGCCCCUGAGUCGAUAGCAGUUCCCUGACAGGAAGUGACCCUACAAGACCUGCUGCAUUCUUGGCCAUAACAAAAUAUGUUCAGCCUUUCGUUCCUAUCAGGCAUUAUCCUCCCUUCUGAUCUGUGGGUGUGUAAUGAAUGCUUCGCAGCCUUGCUAGCAUCCCUGAAUAUGAAAGUAUCAUGUCCUGUUAUAUUAUUUUACACAUAUACUUUUUUAAAAAAGGCCUUUCUUACUCCUUUCCCCCGCAGAAUUGUUCGUGAAUAUAUUAAGAAAUUCAACCUCACGUUAAACCGGUUUGUUCAGACGGAUAAGAAUGCCUGGUACUUCAUUAGAAAUAGAAAGGAAAAAGUGUCUGCGGUGGAGGAAAACGCCAAGCUGUUUGGAUAUGAAGUGGCUCCCAAUGAGAGAGGGAAAUCUGCCUCUAAACUCUUCCACGAGUCACUGGAUCGGGUAGGUGUUUUGUAAAGAGGCUGUGUGUUCAUGAACCAGCUUGCCUGCAUCUUAAGGUCUUCUGGUAAGGCCUGGCUCCAAGUACCCUCUUCCGAUCACAUAGGACUAUAAAGGCCCGCCCACUCUAGCAUCCUGUUUCUAGCCAACCAGAUGCCUAGGCAAAACCAGCAGCAGGGCCUGCGUUCAGCAGCCAUUUUCCCAAGUAGUGGUCAGCAAACUGGCAUCGCUCGCCCGGCUUCCCAAUGCCGAGCACUGCUGCUGGUUACAAAGAGGGAGAAGGGCAAGAUUGGUGGGGUCCAGGACAGAGCCCAUGCACCCCACUGCACCCACACUACAAGGAGUUAGUUCCACAACACUUUGGCCCUUGGGAAGCCAGGUAACCACUGCCACGCUGCCCUGCUGACUGACGCUGCCUCUCCCUGCUUGUGAUUACCUGCAGCAGGUAUUCAGUUCGGCAUGGGAACUGGUUACUCCCUUUAGCAGAUACACACUAUGCUUCUACAAAGGCCUUCCCAUGGUGGUGCUCCAAUUUUUAAUUGGGGGGAGGGAAUGCCCUUCACAGGGAGGGAGGCUGGCUGGCCUGGCUGUGACCAUACAAGCUUUGGGGGGGGGCAAAUUAAGGCCUUUCUAUUGGCAAAGGCAGGGACGUGGGUGGCGCUGAGGGACGCGGGUGGCGCUGUGGAUUAAACCACAGAGCCUAGGACUUGCCAAUCAGAAGGUCGGCAGUUUGAAUCCCCACAACGGGGUGAGCUCCCGUUCCUCAGUCCCUGCUCCUGCCAACCUAGCAGUUCAAAAGCACGUCAAAGUGCAAGUAGAUAAAUAGGUACCGCUCCAGUGGGAAGGUAAACGGUGUUUCCAUGCGCUGCUCUGGUUCGCCAGACUCAUGCUGGCCACAUGACCCGGAAGCUGUACGCCGGCUCCCUCGGCCAAUAAAGCGAGAUGAGCGCCGCAACCCCAGAGUCGGCCACGACUGGACCUAAUGGUCAGGGGUCCCUUUACCUUUAUUAGCAAAGGCACGUCAGACUAUGGAUGAUUUCUGGAGUUACUUUCUUGUCUGCUCUUCCCAUCUUUUCUUUCUUUUCUCUUCACGCUUUUCGCAAAGCUUCUUUUUCGGUUUCGCACUGUGUUCCUCUGUUGCGUGGAUUCAUUUUGCUCACCCGUUGUUGCGCAAGCCUUGCGUCUUUUGACGAGGGUGGUGACUUUUAAUUGUCAAGGCUUUAUGAUGAAGGGCUUAAAACAAACAAACAAAUAAAGCAACACAUGCCCUCCACAUCGCACAUAAGACAACUCCCAUAAUAUAAUAUCGUCAGAGCAUAUCAGUUAACAUAAGAAUCACUUAAUAAAUCUUCAAAUGUGACCAGAGUGUUUUUUCUUAACCGAAUACUGAAUGAAUGUUUUAAGGCUGGUGAGGAAGGUUUCAAAUGGGCAUUUCUGAUCCAGUAACAAUAUUUAUGUUUACCAUGCAGGUCACAAAAAACUGCACGAUUUUGAAGGAAAAAUACGACUCAUAUUCCGUCAAGGUAGGCAAAGUGGGCCUUUGCUUGUCUGCAGUAUUUUUACUUUGAUCUGGAUUGUCGCCCUUGUGUAAAACUUUUGUAUGAGUUACCAGUGCGAAUGGUUGAUGGCUGAACUUCGCCUGCUUGUUCUCUGUCUUAAUGGUUCAUUAACGUUAAACAGAACUUGAACUAAACAGCCUUUUGAAUCAAAGACUGUCCUCUGUAAAGUGGGCCACCUGGCAGCACGUUCAGGUACAUGCGCACCACACUAAAUCAAUGGAGCUAUCCUCUUAGCACGUUAGUGGACAUGGGCAGGCUCUGACAGCCUGUGCAUUUGCACUAACAGUGAAAAUACAGUGGUACCUCGGGUUAAGUACUUAAUUCAUUCCGGAGGUCCGUACUUAACCUGAAACUGUUCUUAACCUGAAGCACCACUUUAGCUAAUGGGGCCUCCUACUGCUGCUACGCCCCCGGAGCACGAUUUCUGUUCUCAUCCUGAAGCAAAGUUCUUAACCCGAGGUAAUAUUUCUGGGUUAGCAGAGUCUGUAACCUGAAGCAUAUGUAACCUGAAGUGUAUGUAACCCGAGGUACCACUGUUUGCUAAAAUUAUCAUUAGGCUCAUAGAAUCUUUGCCUGGUUGGGAAAUUGGAUGCAGAAGACAAAACAGGAAUGGGGAAUCUGUGACCAUACUGUUGGACUAUGUUUGCGGAUAAAUUAGCUACAGUGGACGCUCAGGUUGCGAACGUGAUCCGUGCGGGAUGCACGUUCGCAACCUGCCUUUGCGUGUCUGCGCACGCGCGGGUUGCGCUUCGGUGCUUCUGCGCAUGCGCAAAGCGCGAUUUAGUGCUUCUGCACAUGCGUGACUGCUGAAACCCGGAAGUAACCCGUUCCGGUACUUCCGGAUUUCAGUAGUCCGCAACCCGAAAAAACGCAACCUGAAGCGGCUGUAACCCGAGGUAUGACUGUCUAGCUCAAAUAAGGAAGCAUGUGUACUUUUAACUAGCCUUUCUCUAGCUAAUCCCCACCCCCAUUUCCUCCAAACAGGAAUAUUUAAUCAAAGAAGGAAAUCUGAGCAAGGGAGCAGUAGAUAUGAUUGGUGACCUCUUGAACGAAGAAGGUGGAUUCUACACUUCAUUUAUUGAUUCUGCUAUGGACUAUGUGACCUUCUAUGACGAUGACAGGUAAAGGGGAGGGGAUAUUGUAUCAGCUUCAUUAAUACUGUAACUGAGUUGGAUGGAGUUUUGGUUUCUCAUUAUUCCAACCUGAAGGAGCGUCUCCACCCCCAUUGUUCAGCCCGGACACUGAGAUCCAGCUCCGAGGGCCUUCUGGUGGUUCCCUCACUGUGAGGUUACAGGGAAUCAGGCAGGGGGGCCUUCUCGGUAGUGGCAUCCACCCUGUGGAAUUCCCUCCCCUCAGAGGUUAAGGAGAUGAGUACUUAUAUAGCAUCUGAAGGCAGCUCUGUAAAAGGAAGAUUUUAAAGGCUUAAUGUUCUAUUAUGUUUUCAUAUAUGCCGAAAGCCGCCCAGAGGGGCUGGGGCAACCCAGUUGGAUGGGUGGGGUACAAAGAAUAAAUUAUUAUUAUAUUAUAAAUUUGGUUGUCCACAUCUCCACUUCAGUUUGCAGAUUUAUUUAUUUAUUAAGUCCUUGUGAAAAUUUAACUGCGCUUUUCUCCUAAUAUAUGCAUUUGGAAGAAGAUCUGUAGAUUAUUAUUAUCAUUUAUUUAUUUAUUUAUUUAUAUCCUGCCCAUCUGGCUGGGUUUCCCCAUCCACUCUGGGUGGCUCCCAACAGAAUAUUAUUAAUAAUAAUAAAGCAAAAAUCAAAAUAAAAAAAUCAAACAUUAAAAACUUCCCUAAACAGGGCUGCCUUCAGAUGUCUUCUAAAAGUCAGAUAGUUGUUUAUUUCCUUGACAUCUGAUGGGAGGGUGUUCUACAGGGCAGGUGCCACUACAGUGGUAACUUGGUUUUCGAACAUAAUCCAUUCCGGAAGACCAUUCAAGUUCUGAAACUUUUGAAAACCGAAAACUCAAUAUGAAAGCCUCAAUACAGAAAACUCAAUACGGAAGCCCUGUGGCAUGUUCUCCAUCUGAAAAGCGUUCAAAAACAGAAGCAUUUACUUCCGGGUUCACAGCCUUCGAAAACUGAAAUGUUGACCAACGGAGACGUUCGAAAACCGAGGUACCACUGUACCGCCGGCCCUAUUACUAGGCAAAGUGAGGUGGCUGCCUUAGGUAGCAGAUGCAAGCUGUUGGAGGACAGAGUUGUGCAUGUCACACAGACUGCACUAUGGCUUCUAAGCCAGUUUGCUUCCUUCAGGUGUAGGGGUUGGUCCACUGCCAGUUCAGUCAGCUUCCAAGCACAGAAUGGUAGUGGACACGAUCUUGGAAUAGCAUUGGAGGGGCAACGUCUUGCCCUUUGCCUCAGGUGGCAAAAUGUCUUGGUCCUGUUGGAAGUUUGGUAAAUAUAUACAGUGGUACCUUGGGUUACAUACGCUUCAGGUUACAGACUCCGCUAACCCUGAAAUAGUACCUUGGGUUAAGAACUUUAUCUCAGGAUGAGAACAGAAAUCGUGUGGCGGCGGCAGCAGGAGAACCCGUUAGCUAAAGUGGUGCUUCAGGUUAAGAACAGUUUCAAGUUAAGAACGGACCUCUGGAACGAAUUAAGUUCUUAACCCGAGGUACCACUGUACUGCAGGGGUGUGCAGAAAGAAGUAGCCGGAAAGUAUAACGAAAACUCAUGGCGCACAAAGUCAUUCUUAGGCUUUACAUGGAGCCAAGAUGGAGCCAAGAAGUUAACUCCAGGACAUGCUAACUCAACCUGGAAAAGAAGCAGGAAGGAAGUAAAACCUGAGAUGAAAUAAGCUGCUUUCUCAACAAGUAGUUACUAAAUGAGAAGGAAUCAGGGAGGAAGGGAAGAAUAGGUUGCCUUUUGGUCUACCGUGUACCCCUUAUUGGGCCAACCAUUGCAACUUGAGGUAAAAAGGCUGGAGGUGUCACAAAGGAGGGCCAGAGAAACACAUAAAGAUAAGAAGCGGCACAGCGAGGGGAAAAUCAGCAGUGAAAUGUGAUGGCUGUGCUGCUCUGGAUACCAUCAUUAUAUGCCUUAGUAACUGUAGGAACCAGAGAAUAAUAAUAUGCCAUUUUGCUCUUGGGAAAUGUUGCAGGGAGCAUAUUUUGCUUGGGUUGCUCACCCUGUUCAAUGUCUUUUCCUUUCCUUUCUUUUUCUGCUCCUGUUUCCUCCUUCUACCUCCCCAAGUUUUGAGGAAAUCACAGGAGGAUUUGACCAGCUCCCCAACGGCUUCUCCCGGGAAAUGCCCGGGACAAUCCGUCUAAGCUGCAGCGUCGAGAAAAUACUUAGCACCGGCAAGAAAGUGAGGGUGUUUUACCGCAAGCGGGGCAAAGGAACCUUGUCGAGUCUGACCGCCGACUACGUCAUCGUCACGGCGACGGCGAAAGCCGCUCGGCUCAUCAAAUACCAGCCUCUUCUUUCCCACCCCAAGGCUCGCGCUCUGCGCUCUUUUCAUUACGCAAGCUCUACCAAAAUCGCCUUGGCCUGCACAGACAGGUUUUGGGAGAAAGACGGGAUCCGAGGUGGGAAGUCGAUCACGGACCGCCCAUCCCGAAUGAUCUAUUACCCGAACCAUAUCUUCCCUAGUGGCCUCGGGGUACUCCUGGCCUCUUACACGUUCAAUGAUGACGCCGACUUCUUCGUUCCCCUCAGCGAGGAAAAGUGCGUUGACGUGGUGAUGGAUGACCUGUCGGAAAUCCACAACGUCUCCAAGUCUUACCUCAGAUCCGUCUGCAACCGGCACGUUGUACAGAAGUGGGCCCUAGACAAGUUUUCCAUGGGGGCCUUUGCUCAACCCACUCCAUACCAGUUCACCCAGCUUUUCGAGGCUUUGAAACAGAAUGAAGGGAGAGUGUACUUCGCCGGAGAGUACACAGCCCACCCGCACGCUUGGAUCGACUCAGCCAUGAAGACUGCUAUAAGGGCAGCAAGUGGGAUUCAUCUCAGUGCCUGA